GCCACAUCAGCAGUGCCCCGCCACCAUGAUGGGCGCAGCUCUGGGCAUGCCAGGCCAACUGGCCAACGAGUCUCUUGCCGACUACAAACAGCGGUUCCAGGCUCAGCUCGCUCUGAUCGAGGCUGAGGAACAGCGCCAGCUGGCAGCCGAGGCUGCCCGCCUACAGGCUGAAGCAGCGGCAACAGCUGAGAAGCAGCGCCUACAGGCCGAAGCAGGCGCAGAUACCCAGCCACGCCGCAAGGAGGCCCAGGAUCUGCUGCAGCGGCAUGAAGCUGCCAGCAUCGAAAGACAAUCCGAGUUAGAGAGACAGAACCAAGAACUGCAGCAACAGUACCAGGAUCUGAAGACACAGCACCAGGAGUUGGCGAACCUCCGCCGGAUAGUGCAGAGCCACGAGGAUGCUACACGGGCACUAAAUUCCCGUGUACUGGACACGGAGCAAGCCGUACCAGGACCAGAUGCUGGUGAGUGCAGCAGUGCACCGUCUAACCGCCAACUGGAGCAACGCGUCGACCACGUCGUCGCAAUGCUCGGCGACAUCAGCACCUUCGCUGCGCCGACCACCAUCAACAAUCAGCUGGAUACUUUGAAGACCGAGGUCCAACAACUGCAGUUGACGAACACGGAUGGCAACAAUCCAAAGCAAUACAAGACGCCAACUUUUCAACUUGAGAAGUUCGACGACUACACGCAUCAGGACCCGAUGCUCUGGUGGGAAGCUUUCACGACGCAACUUCGGAUUCUGCCUGUUGCCAAGCACGCGUACAUCAGCGCCCUGUUCAUGAACUCAAAGGGCGGAUGCCAGAUCCGGUUAACCCACCUGGCAGCCACCCACGGCGUCGACGUUGCAGAUCUGAGAGACAAGAUCACAUGGGAAGAGUUAACACGGCUGUGGAAGAAGCGGUUCAUCGUCGAUGACGCACCAGCACUCGCCAUCAACCGUCUCUUCACCAUGACUCAAGGCAACACAGCGACACGUGACUGGCUCACAGAAUGGCAGAAGAUCGCGGCAACGCCCGAUCUUGACUUACCAUUUCCGGAUCUGAGCCGUGAGUUCUACAACAGGUCAUGCGCUGCAUUGAGCCAGGCACUUGGUGAUCGCGAGCAGUAUGCAACUUUCCCCGAGAUUAUUGACAAAGCGAGAGAGAUCAUCAAGACCAAUAGGGCGGCUGCACAUGAGAGGUCAACAUGGCAGCCGACCUAUGUGGAGAAGGUAAAGAUUGGUCCACGGCCGCAGCAUGUCGCUGCAGUCCAAUCGAUCAGUGGAGAAGACACGGCAGCCACCCAAGCGACACCUUCGCCGCAAUCUAUCGCCAGGGAUUCGACGGCAUGGUCAAGACUUGAAGAGCUCGACCCGUUGGCGAUCACGGACUUCCAGUGGAUGCCCGUUCCCCCGACCGGUCCAUUGCCGAAACCGCAUUGCCACGUGCUCAUGGCACAAUUGCGGGAUUACUUGCACACUGCAGUACCGACUCCGUUGAUGGACGCCGGAGUAGAGGUUGUCGACCUUCACGCCUACAUUGUGAAGAUCGACCGCAAGUUCAAGACCCAACGCGACUGGGCGGCGCCAAGUUCUUCUCCAAGCGAGGAAGAGUUAAGUGUGCAGACGACCAUAAACGCCGGCCCUAUCCCACGCAUCGACGAUCUUCUCGAGCGACUGGGCGGCGCCAAGUUCUUCUCCAAGCUUGAUCUCAAGUCGGGAUAUCACCAACUCGAGAUUCGGCAGGAGGAUCGCUACAAGACCGCGUUUAAGAUGCGAUAUGGGCAUUCCGAAUGGUUGGUUAUGCCAUUUGGCCUUACGAAUGCCCCGGCCACUUUCCAAGCGGCCAUGACAACGGAGUUCCAACACAUGCUGGAUCGAUACGUACUUAUCUACCUCAACGGCAUCCUGGUGUACAGCCAGAGUUUGGACGAGCAUGUGGAACACCUGCGCACCGUUUCAAAGCGACUACGCCAGGCCAAGUACAAAGCCAACUGCGACAAGUGCGAAUUCGCGCGGCAGGAGCUGGAGUACUUAGGACAUUAUGUGACGCCGCAAGGCAUCCGUCCGCUUGCGGACAAGAUCGAGGCCCUACGAGUAUGGACCGACCCACCAACACCACGGACGUUCGUUCAUUCAUGGGAUUGGCGGGCUACUCUUAGCGAUUCAUCACCGGAUACUCGAGGAUUGCUGCACCUAUGACGAGAUUACAAUCGCCGAAGGCGCCAUUUGUAUUCGAUGACGACGCACGUUGGUCAUUCCAAGCACUUAAGACGAC